AUGUCUACUACAACAACCGCUGUUGAGACCGUUCAGGUCAAUCCAAACUUGCAUGGCUUUGGUCGCAUGCGCGUUGAUGGAACUGAUAGGCCCUUUGGUGAUUUCCGAGACGAUCUGACCAGAGAUGGGUUCGCUAUCGUCAAAGGCGCUAUUCCCAAAGAAAAGGCUAUGAAGUAUGCUGAUGAGAUGUACUCCUGGCUAGAGGGCUUUGAAUUGGGAUUUGACCGAAAUGAUUUGGCUACUGUGCACAAAGACAAGCUUCCCUUGAUCAAUGAGAAGGGCAUGUGUCUAAACUACGCACUCCCUCAUGAGAACUUUGUCUGGGGCGUUCGAAGUGAGCCGGGAGUUGUCAGUGCCUUCGAGAAGAUCUAUGACGAUGAGGAUCUUAUUGUGUCUUUCGAUGCCGUCAACUUCCAAUUCCCCAAUCGCACCGACAUUGCUCCCAACAAGCCAUGGCCACACCAGGAUCAGGACCCUGAAAAGCAUGGCUUCCGCUGCAUGCAAGGACUGGUCAACCUGCUCCCCAAUGGCCCAGAAGACGGUGGACUGAUUGUGUGCCGUGGCGGCCACCUUCUUUCCGAACAAUUCCACAAAGAGAUGGCCGACGAAGAAAGAAUCCCUGCCUGGACUCCAGAAUGGUAUGGCUUCACCGAGCGCGGCAUGAAAUGGCUGGAUGACCACGGCUGCAAGUGGGAAAAGCUCAGCGCUGAACCCGGUGAUCUUCUUCUCUGGGACUCACGCACGCCUCACUACAACCUGAGUCCGAAGAACGACCAGCCACGUUUUGCCAUCUAUACUUGCUUUAUGCCUGUUGCAGAUGCGACCCAGGAGGACCUGCUGCGCAAGAAAGACGCCUUUGAACGUCGUGUUGGUACGACGCACUGGCCGAAUGCGAAACAUACUGGGUCCAAUGUCGCCCAGCGGGAUGGGGAGGAGGAUCCUCAUAAUCGCUUGAAGCCACUAGUAGACCCAGUUUUGUGUGAAAGGGCUUUCAGGCUCACUGGGAUUCCUUAUAUUAAGGCGCAGAAUGCCUAG